GACCGGGAUCCGGGACUUCAUUUCCCGGCGGCCCUACUAGUGCAGCGCCUGCGCCGUGUCUCGGUGGUAGGCGGAAGAUGGCGGCGGCAGCGUCUGCGGAGAGGCGCUGCUGAGGGGGCGCGAGGGGGACGGAGGCCCGAGCCGCGCUUCCUUGGCUCCCUAGUUCCCGCGGGCCAAAGUUUCAACGUGGUCCAGCGUCCGCCCCGCAAACCCCUACGACCUCCAGUGGGUGUCUCGGCUCAUACUCCACCCAGCACUCAGCACCCAGCAUCCAGGUGCACCCAGCCUUUCCCUCCUUCAGGCUGGCCGUGCGACCUCCUGCGGAGUACCUGACAGCAGCUAUGGCAAGCAGCAGUGGGGACAGUGUCACCCGCCGGAGCGUGGCAACCCAGUUUUUCACACAAGAGGAGGGGCCGGGCAUUGAUGGCAUGACCACCUCUGAGAGGGUGGUAGAUCUCCUGAACCAGGCGGCUCUGAUCACCAAUGACUCAAAGAUCACAGUGCUCAAACAGGUCCAGGAGUUGAUUAUCAAUAAAGACCCUACCCUGCUUGACAACUUUCUGGAUGAGAUCAUCGCUUUCCAAGCUGACAAGUCCAUUGAAGUGCGAAAGUUUGUGAUUGGCUUCAUCGAGGAGGCAUGCAAGCGAGACAUUGAGUUGCUGCUAAAGCUGAUUGCCAACCUCAACAUGCUGCUGAGGGAUGAGAAUGUGAACGUGGUAAAGAAGGCCAUCCUGACCAUGACCCAGCUCUACAAGGUGGCCCUGCAGUGGAUGGUGAAGUCCCGGGUCAUCAGUGAUCUCCAGGAGGCCUGCUGGGAAAUGGUGUCAGCCAUGGCUGGGGAAAUCAUCCUGCUGCUGGACUCUGACAAUGAUGGCAUCCGCACACAUGCCAUCAAGUUUGUGGAAGGCCUCAUUGUCACCCUGUCACCCCGCAUGACUGACUCAGAGGUUCCUCGUCGCCAUGAGCAUGACAUCAGCCUGGACCGUAUCCCUCGAGACCACCCCUACAUCCAGUACAAUGUACUGUGGGAAGAGGGCAAGGCAGCCCUGGAGCAGCUGCUGAAGUUCAUGGUGCACCCUGCCAUCUCCUCCAUCAACCUGACCACAGCGCUGGGUUCCCUCGCCAACAUUGCUCGCCAGAGACCCAUGUUCAUGUCUGAAGUGAUCCAGGCCUAUGAAACUCUGCAUGCCAACCUGCCCCCAACACUGGCCAAGUCUCAGGUGAGUAGCGUGCGCAAGAACCUCAAGCUGCACCUGCUGAGCGUGCUCAAGCACCCUGCCUCCUUGGAGUUCCAGGCCCAAAUCACUACCCUACUGGUGGAUCUGGGCACCCCCCAGGCCGAGAUCGCCCGCAAUAUGCCCAGCAGCAAGGACUCCCGCAAGCGGCCCCGUGAUGACUCAGACUCCACACUCAAGAAGAUGAAGCUGGAGCCCAACCUUGGAGAAGAUGAUGAGGACAAGGACUUGGAGCCUGGCCCAUCAGGGACUUCGAAGGCCUCAGCCCAGAUCUCAAGCCAGUCAGACACAGACAUCACUGCUGAGUUCUUGCAGCCUCUGCUGACCCCUGACAAUGUGGCCAAUCUGGUCCUCAUCAGCAUGGUGUACCUGCCUGAAACCAUGCCUGCCUCCUUCCAAGCCAUCUAUACCCCCGUGGAGUCAGCGGGCACUGAAGCCCAGAUCAAGCACUUGGCUCGACUCAUGGCCACACAGAUGACUGCUGCAGGACUAGGUCCUGGUGUGGAGCAGACCAAGCAGUGCAAGGAGGAGCCCAAGGAAGAGAAGGUGGUGAAACCCGAGAGUGUCCUGAUCAAGAGACGCCUGUCGGCCCAGGGCCAGGCCAUCUCGGUGGUGGGCUCUCUGAGCACCAUGUCCCCGCUGGAGGAGGAGGUGCCCCAGGCCAAGAGGAGGCCAGAGCCUAUUAUCCCCGUCACGCAGCCACGGCUGGCAGGUGCUGGUGGGCGCAAGAAGAUCUUUCGUCUGAGUGAUGUACUAAAGCCCCUGACAGACGCCCAAGUGGAAGCCAUGAAGCUGGGUGCUGUGAAGCGGAUCCUGAGGGCCGAGAAGGCUGUGGCCUGCAGUGGGGCAGCCCAGGUGCGCAUCAAGAUCCUGGCCAGCCUGGUAACACAGUUCGAUUCUGGCCUCAAGGCCGAGGUGCUGUCCUUCAUCUUGGAGGAUGUCAGGGCCCGCCUGGACCUGGCCUUCGCCUGGCUCUACCAGGAGUACAACGCCUAUCUGGCAGCUGGGGCCUCGGGCACUCUGGACAAGUACGAGGACUGCCUCAUCCGCCUGCUCUCCGGCCUGCAAGAGAAACCAGACCAGAAGGAUGGGAUUUUCACCAAGGUGGUGCUGGAGGCCCCGCUGAUCACAGAGAGUGCCCUGGAAGUGAUUCGCAAGUACUGUGAGGAUGAGAGCCGAACCUACUUGGGCAUGUCCACGCUGCGAGACCUGAUUUUCAAGCGGCCGUCCCGCCAGUUCCAGUACCUGCACGUCCUCCUAGAUCUCAGCUCACACGAGAAAGACAAGGUGCGCUCCCAGGCCCUACUCUUCAUCAAGCGCAUGUAUGAGAAGGAGCAGCUUCGAGAGUAUGUGGAAAAAUUUGCCCUCAACUACCUGCAGCUCCUGGUCCACCCCAACCCGCCAUCAGUGCUGUUUGGAGCUGACAAGGACACAGAGGUGGCGGCCCCCUGGACGGAGGAGACUGUGAAGCAGUGUCUGUAUCUCUACCUGGCCCUCCUGCCUCAGAACCACAAGCUGAUCCAUGAGCUGGCGGCUGUGUACACCGAGGCCAUUGCUGACAUCAAGCGGACAGUCCUCAGGGUCAUUGAGCAGCCGAUCCGAGGAAUGGGCAUGAACUCACCUGAGCUGCUACUACUGGUGGAAAACUGCCCCAAGGGGGCGGAGACACUGGUCACACGCUGCCUGCACAGCCUCACAGACAAAGUGCCACCCUCUCCAGAAUUGGUGAAGCGGGUCCGGGACCUCUACCACAAGCGGCUCCCAGAUGUGCGCUUCCUCAUCCCCGUGCUCAAUGGACUGGAGAAGAAAGAAGUGAUCCAGGCCCUGCCCAAGCUCAUCAAGCUCAACCCCAUUGUGGUGAGGGAGGUCUUCAACCGCCUGCUGGGCACCCAGCAUGGUGAAGGGAACUCAGCCUUGUCCCCGCUCAACCCCGGAGAGCUCCUGAUCGCUUUGCACAACAUUGACUCGGUGAAGUGUGACAUGAAAUCCAUUAUCAAAGCCACCAACCUGUGCUUUGCGGAACGGAACGUGUACACAUCGGAGGUGCUGGCCGUGGUGAUGCAGCAGCUGAUGGAGCAGAGUCCCCUGCCCAUGCUGCUCAUGAGGACCGUCAUCCAGUCCCUCACCAUGUACCCUCGCCUGGGGGGCUUCGUUAUGAACAUCCUGUCUCGCCUCAUCAUGAAGCAGGUGUGGAAGUAUCCCAAAGUGUGGGAGGGCUUCAUCAAAUGCUGCCAACGCACCAAGCCCCAGAGCUUCCAGGUCAUCCUGCAGCUGCCACCACAGCAGCUGGGUGCUGUCUUUGACAAGUGCCCUGAGCUCAGGGAGCCACUCCUGGCCCACGUGCGCUCCUUCACCCCGCACCAGCAAGCACAUAUCCCCAACUCCAUCAUGACCAUCUUGGAGGCCAGUGGCAAGCAGGAGCCGGAAGUCAAGGAAGCACCUCCAGGGCCCCUGGAAGAGGAUGACCUGGAGCCCUUGGCUCUAGCGCCGGCCCCGGCCCCGGCCCCAGCCCCGCGGCCCACUCAGGACCUCAUCGGCUUGCGCUUGGCCCAGGAGAAGGCCCUGAAGCGGCAGCUGGAGGAGGAGCAGAAGCUGAAGCCCACCGGAGUGGGAGCGCCGACCGCCACCUCGUCGUCGUCCUCCUCGGCCCGCCCUGGUCCUCCCCAGGCCGAGGAAGCUAUGGAUUUCCGGGAGGAGGGGCCCGAGUGUGAGACCCCAGCCAUCUUCAUCAGUGUGGACGACGACUCCGGACUGGCCGAGACCGCGCUCCUGGACUCGAAUCUCGAGGGACCCCUGCCUAAGGAGGCAGUAGCGGUUGUGCCGACCCCCAAGGAUGAGAGGAGCCCUCAGAACCUCGCCCAUGCUGGGGACGACGCGGUGAAAACCUCCAGCUUGGAAGCCGGGGAGCCGGAGAGCAAGGGGAACAGCUGACGCUGCGGCAGCUUGUGGGGAAGGGGCCGGGCUACCUGGAGCUUUGCCUUAAAUAAAGGAGGUGGCUCAGGGCG